CCUGUUCUCAGUUCUUGCCAUUGCUGCCCCUUUCGCUGCUCUGCACACAAAAUGUCGACCAUUAUUCGGACGCUGCGCAAUCUGAGACGGAUUGGUUUCAAGGAAUAUGGCCACCAAAUGCAGUACAUUGGUGAUACCAAGGCCGGUACCUUGAUCGGUGUUGACCGCUACGGCAACAAGUACUUCGAGAACAUGGAGGAGGAGCUUCCUCUCCGUACCCGCUGGGUCGACUACAAGGAGAAGGAAUACGACCCCUCGCAGCUUGAGCCUGGCUGGCACGCCUGGAUCUCUUACAUGGUGGAUGCUCCCCCCACUGCCGACAAGAUCAUGCAGACCGGUGUCCGCAGCUGGGAGCUGCCUGAGCACAGGCCCAACCUGACCCUCAGCCGUGCUGCUUUCAAGACCUACUCUACUACCCGCCCCAAGUACUCCGCCUGGACUCCCGUUGCGGCACCCCGGUAGAUGUCGGUAGAGCGUUGGCCUAGAAAUCAGACCAUGUUCGAAGAUGUGUAAAUAAAUAAAGAUGCCCUACUUUCCGUUUGAACUAUCGCGAUUGUCACAAUUAG